AUGGUGAUGGCGAAGAUUAACGAGGCUGCCAGAGUCGGUGGUGUGGUGGAUAUGAGUGAGCUGCUCAAGACAUUCACAUAUGACAUGGCAUACCGCAUCGUGUCCGGUGAAUUCUUCCUAAAAGAAGGACGGAGCAAGUUGUUCCAAGACCUCACCAAUGAUACCUCACUGCUGCUAGGAGGGUUCAAGGUGGAGGAAUACUUCCCAACAUUGUCUAGGGUAGGACUGCUUAAAAGGACAGUUCGUGCAAAGGCUGAGAGACUAAGGUAUAGAUGGGCCGAUCUGCUGGACAAGGUGAUCGAUUAUCAUGAGAACAAGGACAAGUCAGUGUUAGAUAACCAGGGUGGUAAUUUCGUCGAUAUUCUCUUGUCUGUUCAGCUGGAGUAUAGUCUCACAAGAGAACAGAUUAAAGCUAUCCUAACCGUAAGUAAAUAUAAUACCUUCCAAAUGAUUACAAAUAAAUAA